GACAUGGAAAUUCUUUCUUGCAUGCAGUUGCCUAGAGUCUGAGAAAGAGGCAAUAUGAAAUACCUUAUGGCGUCUUCCGUCUUUGUGCUCUUCAUCCUCGCUCCAUCGCUGGCCCUGAUGAACCCCGGGGACGGCCAUCCCCAGGAGGGCUCUGUCGGGAGCCAGAGCAUCCGCGUCAAUGCCCUUGGAAGUAUGAUCAGCAUCCGAGACAACAAUGUUUUGAGUGAAUGGGAUGGAAUCUUGGACUACGAGAACGGCCUCUUGGCUGCUAAACUGUUUAGCAAGAUGGCCUGUGUUCUGACCAAGAUGGAUAAAGCUUUCCCAACUCUGGAUGACAUCAGUAAGGCCCUGGACCACCAGGCUUUAAAGCAUUAUCCAUCCACUCGGGGCCUGACCUACACUGUCUUACCCAGCCGGGUCAAGAACUUAGCCCAGUACGGAGUGCCCAUCAAGGACAUGUGCCGAGACGUGCCCACCUACUUUGCCCAGCAGCAAAAAGAAGGUACUGCACUGGCUAUUGAUCCGGAUUCCUGCUCUGAAAUCCAACUUCUCUCCUUCCUGGGACUCUCCAUCUGUGGGGAGAUCCCUGGGCUCUGAACCUCCGGGUCCACCACGUGGAGAGCGGACCUGCCUGGAUGGGGCCGCUGACCUGAACCUGGAGCUUAGGGACCCAGCCCCUCUCUGCCAAAGGGAAGCUGUUCAUUUCAGGCCUCCACCUUCUUUCUUUCCACUCAAGAUCCAACUUUGUAAUCUAAAAGCUGGGUACACCUCCUCCGUCUGGCUUAGAGCAAUAAAGUUUCUUGCCUCCCUGGUCC